AUGACAGUGGAUUCAAAGACUGCUCCUCAAACUCAGGAUGCUUCCUUAUAUAAAAGGCCAAAAGUUUACAUUAUUGGUGUUGGAAUGACAGCGUUCACAAAACCGCUUACAUCUGGCAAGGAUUAUCCAGAAUUGGUUAAAGAAGCAGUUGGCGAAGCUUUGAGUGAUGCUGGUGUAAGAUAUGAACAAAUUCAACAAGCGACCGCUUCCUACAUGUAUGGUGGGUCUUGUUGCGGUCAAAGAGCAUUAUACGAAAUUGGAUUAACAGGAAUACCUAUAUUUAAUUUGAAUAAUGCUUGUGCAAGUGGUUCCAGUGGAAUAUUUCUUUGUAAACAAAUUAUAGAAAGUGGAAAUGUUGAUUUAAUGCUGGCUGUUGGGUUUGAAAAAGUUUUUCUUUUCAAAUUUUAUGGAGGCGGACCUCUAUAUAAGAUAUUCCCCAGUAGUGGAUACACCUCUAUUUUAGAGACGCUCUUUAAAAAUAAGGUUGGCCACUGGCUCUGA